ACAGGCACAUAACUCAAGUGUUACGUGCCGGGACGGCAAUCCCAGAACGGCGGAAUACCGCGCCGCAGAAUCAAGCCUGCGUUUGAGUGAAAAUCUACGCCUAGUCCGAGUAAAGCUCUGACCGGCUGCGCCCGUCUAUGGACUUGCAAUACAUUGAUCGGAAACACGGCGCUGCACCACGCCUGGUGCGCGAGACGGUCGAACUGUGGUAAAGCUGUGAAUAAUUGAUCUAGUGCGAAACACGAGUGGGAAAAAAUGGGAGACGUGCUGAGUAUAUGCAGCGGCCCAUCAUUACCAACAGACGCAACUGCCGAUGUACAUAGGUCAUCGGGAGGGCGCUCUCGCGAGAUACAAGUAGGCCCCAUAUAUCCACUGGAGACGAAUAUCCGUGGCCUAGUAGCCCCUCCCUCCUCGCACGACCGCCAGCGCGAGUCAUCAUCCGAUGCGCCUGCAGCACACCAAGCCUCCACAGCGGCGGAGCCUCUGGCCGGGACUCAUCCUGCCGAAGAAACGAAUAAAGCGCAAGACAACAUACGGUACUCGUUUUACAAGAGCGCGCGGCGAGAUCCGGCAGCUACUCACAAAGCAGCUUCAGUCAAUUUCCGGCAAGGAAACCGCCGCAAUGAAAUGGACCGCGGAGUCUUUCUACACUCACGUCGCCAAAGAGUACGCUGUGUGCCUCGACGGCUGGCCGCAGCAUCUCGUCUUUGCGAAUCUCAGUGAUGUCCCGGGCGGCAUCGCCAUGUUACAGGAUCUCCUCAGCCGCAUCCACCGCGGUGUUCUCGUGUUCACAAAGCUCUCAGAGGACGAGCAUAAAGCACUCACCGUGCAGAGUGCUGCUCCAGGAAAGUUUACGCCGCGUCCACCCCGGGCUCAACGGCGGGAUUAUGGUGUACAGCGCGUGCCGCCCUGGCUCCGACUGUCGAGGCCGCCCCGGAAGGUCUGCGUGGGCCCCAAGAGUAGCGAGUAUGUCGAAGACUCGGACGCGUAUGAUUCCGAGGUUGAGGAGAUCGAGAGUGUUGCGGGGGUGGCUGAUGACGGUGGUCUAUCGGAGAUUGAGAGCGCGUCGGGAUUUGAUGACUGAAUGUUACUGUGGAAUUGAAUGU